AACCAGUAACAAAUUGGCGCCAUUUUGAAGCUGGAGAGGGAGAGGGAGAGAGAGAGAAAGCGAGUGAGUGAGGGAGGAAGAGGCGAGCCACCUACCCAAGAGGAGACGAUUGGCUGUUUAUUCAUCUGGAUAGGAAAAUUUCUAGUGAACCGUAAUCAUGGCUCACUCUAAGACCCGAGCCAAUGAUGGAAAGAUUACGUAUCCCCCUGGAGUAAAGGAGAUAUCAGACAAAAUUUCGAAAGAGGAAAUGGUUCGGAGGUUAAAGAUGGUUGUGAAAACAUUCAUGGAUAUGGACCAAGAUUCAGAGGAAGAGAAAGAACUCUAUUUAAACCUGGCACUACAUCUUGCUUCAGAUUUCUUCCUCAAGCAUCCUGAUAAAGAUGUGAGACUACUUGUUGCCUGUUGCCUAGCGGACAUUUUCAGAAUUUAUGCUCCUGAAGCACCCUACACAUCACCCGAUAAAUUAAAGGAUAUUUUCAUGUUCAUAACUAGGCAACUGAAAGGAUUAGAAGAUACUAAGAGCCCGCAGUUCAACCGGUAUUUCUACCUACUUGAAAAUAUUGCUUGGGUAAAGUCUUACAACAUUUGUUUUGAACUGGAAGAUAGUAAUGAGAUCUUCACACAGCUGUACCGAACACUGUUUCAAGUAAUUAACAAUGGCCAUAACCAGAAGGUUCACAUGCACAUGGUAGAUCUCAUGAGUUCUAUCAUUUGUGAAGGGGAUACAGUAUCACAGGAACUCCUUGAUACAAUUCUUGUAAAUCUGGUGCCUGCUCAUAAAAACUUAAACAAACAAGCUUAUGACCUAGCAAAAGCAUUAUUGAAGAGGACAGCGCAAGCCAUUGAACCUUACAUCACUAAUUUCUUCAACCAAGUGCUGAUGUUGGGAAAGACAUCUGUUAGUGACCUCUCUGAACAUGUAUUUGAUCUUAUUCUGGAGCUGUAUAAUAUAGACAGUCACCUUUUACUUUCUGUUCUGCCACAGCUAGAGUUUAAGUUGAAGAGCAAUGAUAAUGAUGAACGUUUACAAGUGGUUAAAUUGCUAGCAAAAAUGUUUGGGGCAAAGGAUUCUGAAUUAGCAGCUCAAAACAAACCUCUCUGGCAGUGUUAUCUUGGAAGGUUUAAUGAUAUUCAUGUACCUAUACGUCUUGAAUGUGUGAAGUUUGCAAGUCACUGCCUUAUGAAUCAUCCGGAUUUAGCCAAAGAUCUUACUGAAUAUUUAAAGGUGAGGUCUCAUGAUCCCGAAGAGGCCAUUAGACAUGAUGUCAUUGUGUCUAUUGUUACUGCUGCAAAAAAGGAUCUCUCACUGGUGAAUGAUCCCUUACUUAAUUUUGUAAGAGAAAGAACUUUGGACAAGAGGUGGAGAGUUCGUAAAGAAGCAAUGAUGGGAUUGGCUCAGAUUUACAAAAAAUACUCUUUGCAAGGAGAAGCUGGAAAGGAAGCAACCAAACAAAUAUCAUGGAUCAAAGACAAGCUUCUGCAUAUAUACUAUCAAAACAGUAUUGAUGAUAGGUUACUUGUGGAACGCAUAUUUGCCCAGUACAUGGUUCCUCACAACUUGGAAACAACAGAAAGGAUGAAAUGUUUGUAUUAUCUUUAUGCCACACUGGACUUCAAUGCAGUGAAAGCUUUGAAUGAGAUGUGGAAAUGUCAAAAUGCAUUGAGGCAUCAUGUUAAAGAUUUGCUUGACUUGAUCAAACAACCUAAAUCAGAUACUUCAAGCAAAGCUAUCUUCUCGAAAGUAAUGGUCAUUACACGAAAUCUUCCAGAUCCUGGCAAAGCCCAAGAUUUCAUGAAGAAAUUCACCCAAGUACUUGAAGAAGAUGAAAGGAUUCGCAACCAACUGGAAACUCUUGUCAGCCCUGCUUGUUUUUGUAAACAAGCUGAAGGAUGUGUGAGAGAAAUUACUAAGAAACUUGGAAGUCCCAAGCAACCAAGUAAUCCUUUCCUUGAAAUGGUGAAAUUCCUGUUGGAGAGGAUUGCUCCAGUGCACAUAGAUUCAGAGUCCAUUAGCGCUCUUAUCAAGCAAGUGAAUAAAUCAAUCGAUGGUACAGCUGAUGAUGAGGAGGAGGGAGUACCAACUGAACAGGCAAUCAGAGCAGGUCUUGAGUUGCUUAAGGUGCUUUCUUUUACUCAUCCUGUCUCCUUCCACUCUGCGGAAACAUUUGAGUCACUUCUGGGUUGCCUGAAAAUGGAUGAUGAGAAAGUAGCAGAGGCAGCUCUACAAAUAUUUAAGAACACCGGAAACAAACUGGAGGAGAGUUUUCCUCAUAUCAAAUCCGUGUUGCUUCCAGUUUUACAAAAUAAGGCUAAGAAGGGCCCUCCACGCCAAGCCAAAUACGCUAUUCAUUGUAUACAUGCAAUAUUCUCCUCAAGAGACACUCAGUUUGCACAGAUUUUCGAGCCCCUCCAUAAAAGCCUGGAUCCUGCUAAUCUUGAUCAGCUUGUUACACCUUUAACAACAAUUGGACAUUUAGCACUGCUUGCACCAGAACAAUUUGCAGCACCACUCAAGUCUUUGGUGGCAAACUUUAUUGUUAAGGAUUUGCUCAUGAAUGACAGGCUUCCUGGAAAAAAAACAACCAAACUGUGGGUUCCUGAUGAAGAGGUUUCCCCAGAAACUAUGGUGAAGAUUCAAGGUAUUAAACUAAUGGUUCGAUGGUUGUUAGGAAUGAGAAGUAAUCUAAGUAAGUCAGGAACAUCUACACUAAAGAUGCUUACUGCGAUACUGAACAGUGAUGGAGACCUGACAGAACAGGGAAAAAUGAGCAAGCCUGACAUGUCACGUCUGAGGCUGGCAGCUGGAUGUGCAAUCUUGAAAUUAGCACAGGAACCAUGUUAUCAUGAAAUUAUUACCCUGGAGCAGUACCAACUGUGUGCUUUAGUCAUAAAUGAUGAAUGUUACCAAGUGAGACAAGCAUUUGCACAGAAACUCCACAAGGGCCUUUCUAGGUUACGGCUGAAGCUAGAAUACUUGGCUAUCUUUGCCUUGUGUGCAAAAGAUCCAGUGAAAGAGAGGCGAGCUCAUGCUAGGCAGUGUCUCAUAAAAAACAUUAAUAUCAGGAGGGAGUAUUUGAAACAACAUGCAGCAGUGAGUGAGAAGUUAUUGUCUCUUCUACCAGAAUAUGUAGUGCCAUACACAAUCCAUCUUCUUGCACAUGACCCAGACUAUGUAAAGGUUCAAGAUAUAGAGCAACUAAAGGAUAUAAAAGAGUGUUUAUGGUUUGUUUUAGAAAUCCUUAUGUCAAAAAAUGAAAAUAAUAGUCAUGCGUUUAUUAGAAAAAUGGUCGAAAACAUAAAACAAACAAAAGAUGCACAGCGGCCAGAUGAUGCCAAAUUAAAUGAGAAACUAUAUACUGUGUGUGAUGUGGCAAUGAAUAUCAUCAUUUCUAAGAGCACAACGUACAGUUUGGAAUCUCCCAAGGACCCAGUUCUUCCUGCCAGAUACUUUACUCAGCCUGACAAAAAUUUUAGCAACACAAAGAAUUAUCUCCCUCCAGAAAUGAAAUCGUUUUUUAUUCCUGGGAAGCCAAAGGCCGCAAAUGUUCUUGGUGCAGUAAACAAACCCUUGUCUGCUGCUGGAAAGCAGUCGCAGACCAAGGCUUCACGCAUGGAGACAAUCAGCAAUGCCAGCAGCAAUUCUAAUCCCAGCUCUCCGGGAAGAAGUAAAGGACGCCUUGAUAGCAGUGAAAUGGAUCAUAGUGAAAAUGAAGAUAUUACUAUAAUGAAGACCUCUCCUCUACCAGGAAAAAAGAAUGACAAAAGAGAAGAUUCUGAUCUUUUAAGGGAAACUGAGAAGCCUAGAGGCAGAAAGAAAGCUGCAACUGUUGAUCAAGAAGAAAGGUCACUAAUGGAUGAUACUGGACAGGAGCAGAAGCCAAAAAGAGGUCGCAAACGAGUUAUCAAUACCAGUCCUUCAGAAUCAGAUGAACAGCAGUGGUCUGAUGAAAAACGAAUUAAGGAUGAUUUGCUUGAGGCCGAAGAUGAACAAAACAGUCCACCCAAAAAGGCCAGAAGGGGACGACCUCCAAAAGCAGCUAGUAGUAGUUUGACAAAAGAAGAGACACCAUCAAAAGGGCGAAGAGGUCGAAAGAAGGCAGCACCACCUGUAGAAGAGGAAUUAGAUGAUGAGGAAGAGGAUGAAGGAGAUAGGGAAAACAUGGACAGAAAAGUCAGAGGUCGACCACCUAAAACACAGAGGAAGUCACAGCAUAGGGCAGAAACAUCUGAGGUUACUGAUGAAUCUGUUGAGACAACUCCACAGAAAAGACGAGGAAGACCUCCUAAAGCUCCACAAUCACAGCCAAAGAAAAGCACACCUAGCCGAGGGCCAAGAUCUCGAUCAGUCUUCACUAAGGAAGAUUCUGAGGAUGAAUUAGAUAUCUCACAGGAGAGCAUUGAUGAUGUUCAUCAAGAGGAAGAAGAUGGAGAGGAGGAAGAGGAAGCAGCAGUCAGCACAAAGAAGAUACGACGCAGGCCCACUAAAAGGGAAAGAAGAUGAGUGAAGGACAGUGACGAAAAGAGUAUAUAAAUUCCACAUAGACUGAAGGCCUUGCAAAUCCCAAUAUGGAAAUUGUUUGGGAGAGAAAAAGAAGACAAGAAGUCUGUCAUCUGCUGCCGCUUUUCUUUGCAGUUCUUAAUGUCACAAGCUUUAGCCACACACAUUAAUAUCGUAAUUUGUGGUUUGUUGUGCAUUGUGAUGUGCGCCAACUAUUUGAUUUCUAAUCUAAAGGAAAAAUGUAAAUAAUCUUUUAAAAUAUUUUUGUUUUUUUGUUUCUUGUGGGGUUAUUAUUAUUAUUAUUAUUUUCCCAAGGGGGUGGGAUGGGGAUUUGAAACUAUAUAGCUUUUAUCUUGCAGCUUUAAAGUCAACAACACCCCAUUAAAUAUGUCUGGAGAAAUGUUUUAAAAUGGACCUUAAGCAAUAUCUGUAAGUGUUUGUAUCUGUACUCUUUACUGUGAAACAAAAUCAAAGGAACAAUUCUUCUAGCAUUUUUUAUCUGUUUACCAAUGUGUUAAGUGAUUUCUAUUAUUUUCAUGAAUAUGUCUUCUCUUGUAAACAUUUUUCUGUGUAGGUGCAAUGGUGGUUGUAUAAAAAUAUCAAAAGUCCAGCUUCAAAGAAGUUGACAGGAAAUGAUGAAUUUUACAGUUCAGUAUUUGGAAAACAAAAUUCUGGUCAAAUACAAAACCUGAAAACGAUUAGGUUUUGUUAUUUCAAUAUUAUCAGUGCAUUAAAUUUAAUGUACUAAGGUUGCUUUUUACUUCCCCAGUGAGUUUUAUUUACUUUGCUGUAUCAAUAAAAAAAUCACUAUAGAACACUUAAUGUUAUUAUUAUAAUAUACAUGAAUUAUGUUCUUAUUUGUAAAUCUGUGAUAUCAGAAAUCCUUCCACAUUUUUAAAGCAUGUGUUCUCGUAUCAAAAGAGAAGAUAAUUUAUUCAUUUGUUGAAAAGUUUUAUAAAUUAUUGUUAUGCGCAUUAUGCCAUUAUUAUAUCCAUGUAUUUUAUACUGUAGCAAGAUAUCCCAACUUCAAAAUAAAAUGCUGACAUAGGAAUAUGAGGUUGCACCUCUGGACCCCUAAUGAGGGCUGAAGUUGAUGUAUUGCAGUAUAUUCUGUCAUUGGCCCCACAUAAGGAGCUGGGCCAGGCAAGGGAAAUCUUCAAUGCCAGGUCUGUUAUGUAAGGAGCCGUCAUUGAGGUGCACAUAUGUGGUGGGGCUCAGGCCUUGAAAAGGCCAUUUCUAGCAUGUUGCCUUAAUUCCUGCCAAAUAUCAGUAAAUAAUUCCUAUAAAGUAACAUGGGAUGCUAUUGUGCGAGUUAGAGUUUAAGAACCAGAAGACUGUUUAACUGCAAUCUGUCCUUGGCACUUGCAUUGUCUACCCAUAAGUAAAGUGAACCUAGAAAGGGUGUAAAUGGCUACUCCAUGUUAUGAUUAAAAUUAUUUAGAGGGCAAAAUAGUUGACCCCUCUCUAAAGGAAGAUAUCUGAACCUGUUCUGUGGGGCAGGAAUAAUGCAGAUGUAUAUACAAGGGAGGCCAUACCCCUCCAGUACUAGAAAGGAUGUUCUGGUGUCUUUUUGGGUUUGCCUUGGACUGGUAUGAUAUGUGAUCUUUGGCAUUGUGUUAAUUUUUUUCAUACUGGCACAUUAUGGUGAUAAAAAAAUAAAGAAUCCCUUUUCGACAA